AUGCUUUACGUGCGUCGUUUUUCCUGUGGCUAUGCCUCCUCGGAAACACUUGCCCACGAAGUGGUCGGGUCCUCGAAGAUCGACAUGCAGGUCAACGAUUCGACUGGCCAAAUCAGUAUUUCACAUGUUGAUUUGAAGAUUUCGGAUGUUGGUGUUACGGUUGAGGGGACUUUUUUCCCUCCUGAAGUUCGGCCAAUUGAAAGCAAUCGGGGUUGGUAUGGCAGUCAAAUUUAA